UUAGCGUAGUUUGGUAGCAGCAAACCGAGCGCACGCAAUUUCGGAAACUACCACAUAUAUUUGGACGAGUACAAGCGCAGCCGUAAACUGCGCGAUGCAAUUACGUAAGCACGGUGAAUAAGAAGAGUGCAAGCAGUGGAAAGAAGUGAAAAAGUGAAAAGUUCUAAAACAAAUUCUAAAAACCUUGUUUGUAUACGAAAAUCGAGCAAAUGUGUGAUAAAGUAAUUGCGCCAAGUUCAGUAAGUGAAGUGAGCCUUCAUAUCCACCCUCAGCACUCAUCGGUUUGAAAAGCGCAGUGAAUAUUUUGAUGAGGUAUAAACUAUUAAAUAAUGUGCUCUGAUUUCCACCUACCCACCUUAGCUAUUUUCGAAUACAAGGUCCAAAAUAAUUUACUAAAAAGUGAAUUGCUCACCUAAAACAAAAAGUGGAAUUCGUAAGUUCAACACUGAUAAGAUAAGCGCAAAGGCGAGAGAGAGCAAACUUAGCAUCCGCGCACUCACACACAUACAUAUAUUCCGUUGCAUCCGUGUGUCGCGCAGCGAAAGCGGGCUUCCACAGCAAUAACUGGCACAAAAAUCAUACAACAGUGGACUCAGCAUUCAGCAACCGGGACAUUAGCUUCCGUCGGCAGCCAAAAAUCAUAACUGUCAAAAUUCAGCUACGAAAGUGGGUCGUCGCUGCGGAGCCAAUGUACAGUUCAAACAUUCUGCGGUAGAUGCCAACAAAUUGGGGGAACGCGGGACAACUGACAGUUGUAACGAAGGAACUCUCACAAACAUCGAAAAGAAAUAGAAGGCUUAUGCAAUAGAUAGACACAAUUGCAGACUCCAAAUAAUCAGAAAGUUGCAUUGGCGCAAAAGCUUCUGAUUCGAUAGCCAAAACUGCACUGAAGACUUUGAAGAGUGCUGCUGAUACGAGCAACACACAACAACAACUCAGGAAAUUGCGGGGUCAAUGCGAAAUAGCCACUGUAAUAUUUUAAUAAUAACAGCAAACAACAACAAGAAGCCUCUUUGAAUACUUAUGAAGCAAAGAGUAGGUUGCCAAGAACCAAUAGCCCAGCAACACAUCUCCGAACAAUACCACACAGCUGAUUUGCGACUUGUAUAAGUAACCGGACCAUUGGCAGCACCUAUGGGCAAGUGUGUCUCAAAGCACCCGUCCGUACUCACAAUAGCGCUGUCGGAAAAGGACUUGGCGGCGGCUAACCACAUUUGGAGCAAAUUUGCUGAGAGCACCGAAUACAUUGCGCUGAAGGACGAGCAUGGAAAUCAAUUAUGCGAAUAUUACUACGUGAGCGGCAAGAAGCGGAAGACGAAGCCAAAAACAACAAAGCAGCAGCUAGCGCCAACGAAGGGGAAUAAUGAUGCGAAUACAACAACUGUCGGCGCCACACGGUCAGACCAAGAUUCAAAUGAAAAUCAAAACCAGCGACAGCAGCAGAGCCAGAAGAAGGGUAGAAACAAAAGACGAUCGAAGACAACACAAAAGCAAUCAUCAACGCAGCAAAGUAGUGAAAACAAAUCACAGCAAUGGACAACAAACAGCGAACAAACAACAAACACAAAUGGCACAGAAAGUUAUACCGAAAGGUUACAGCAAGAUUGUGUUACUUCACAAGCCGAGUUGUCUGCCCAUGCCGCUGAUGGUCUGACAACGACGACAGCGACGACUUCGACAAUUGUGUACAGCAGUGUGAGUGGCUGUGAGUAUUGCACCGUUGUCAGCACCACGGACGAUGACGACGAGAGCGAAGGCGGGGACGAGGACGAGCACUGGCGCGGGCACGAUGACAGUGACGACGGCGAGCAGUUGUUUGGUAUUCACAACCAUAAUAAUGCUACCGAGGCUAUUGUAGUUGACAACACCAAUAAAGAAACCGCCGUUGGUGCUCAUAAAAAUCAACAACAUUGUGUGGCUCAUUUGCCGUCGCAGCCACAGGAACAGAUUGCUGGCGACACGGUUGCCCCCGACGCCAACAAUAACGCCGAAAUAGCUGCGAAACAUGAGGAAUAUGCUUAUCAACCGAAGUGGCAGCAACAGCGGUUGGAUGCCACCGAAAAAGGGCAAUUAAUAAACAGUGAAGUGAGCAAAGUCAAUAUUGGUGUUAUUGGUGUCGAAAAUGCAGCUGAACUUGACAAUGUCGAUGGAAACAGUGAAAGGUUAAGCGGCAGCGAACACCUAACGGUUGAAGGCAGCGACUAUAUGCAGGGACAGGCCGAAAGCAAACGACAUUCGAAGAAGCAUGGCAGCACCACCAACGCCACAACAGGCACUGGAGUGGGCGCCAUCGAAACUAAAGGUACGGCGAUGUCCUUCGGCUUUCGCAAGAAGCUCAACACGACGCCGAAGAAGUUCAAGAAAUUGCUGGAGGCCGGCGUUGGCGGCAUGACUGGUGGUGGCGAUGGAAAACGAAAACAAGACAAAUGCAACAAUAUUACAACAACGACACGGGACGGCAACACACCUAGUGAGGAUAACGCAAAACGGGCAACUGUGAUAGAUGGGGAGACGUUAACGGACGAACAACAGCAGGACGACAAUGGCAAUGCAGAACUGCUGGCCAAGAUACACUUCGAGAAAAUGGGUGCGGCGGCCGCAACGACGCAGCGUUCCAAUCAACAAGCCAUGGCAGCCGGUGGUGGCGCUCCGCCUUCCAACCUGCCUGGCGUCGCUUCGCGGUUCGGUUACCGCGGCGGACACAUGGUACGCCCGGCAUCGGCAGGUUUAACGCAGCACUAUCCCAUGGAAGUACAGGAGAAUGCGGAAAACAACAACACUUGCGGCAGCAAUGGGAGCGACGCCAGAAGUGGUGGUGUGGGAGUUAAUGGACAACAAAAACCGCUUGUCAGCAACUUGAAACGCCGAUCGAAGAGUGCACAUGCCGGCAGGGCAUUGACUUCGGGCGAUGAGACUAGCGAGUCGGGCAGUUGCAGCGAUGCGGCCGGUCGCCCAAAAAUAACACAACCCAAAUCUAUAACGUUCAAUUUGAGUCAGAACAGCACAAUCGAAUAUCAGCGGCGACAGUUUUUCGAACAGCCCAACACAUAUGGCAGCUAUGGAAGUGGACGCAGCAGUGCCGCCAACAUUUGGACCCAUCAACCGGGGCACCAGGCGCAGCAGCAUCAGUCGCGAAAUGUCAUCAGCACGGGCAUGCACACGAAUGUUAUUGUCCGUCCGACACCACGCGCACCGCCAGCCAGUUUUUCGAAGUUCACACUGCACACAGUAAGUUUGCCAAAACCGGAGUUUCCCGUGGCCAUCAGUGUGGGUGCUACAACUCCGACUACACCAAGCAGCAUCUACACACCAUCGCCCACCAUGGCAACCAGCGUCGCGGGCGCACGUACCAAGGAAAACCAGCAGCAGCAGCACCCCUUGACAGUGGUAGCUUGUGCCACAGUGACACACUCCGCUUCCGGACAUAUGGAUCUGAAGACGGCCAAGCAGAUGGCAAACAACACGCGGCGUGGAUUCUCAGGCAGUCGGGAGAUAUCAGCGGAUUCAGGUAUUGCCAGCAUGGACAUGGCAUUGGAUAGUUCGGUUUCGAGCGGUGGUGGCAGUCGCGCUGGACGCACAGCCUCGCCUAAACGGAGCCGCAGUCGUCCGCGCAAUUUGCAAAUGGUAAUGAAUGGUCGUCACAAAUUUGAAGUACGUGACCUGGACGACCCUUUAUCGAGUGAAUCCAGUUCUAUCGUAGAGCCGCUAGCUUUGCCGAAGCUACCGAGCGAAAACCAAACAGUACCGCUUCCACUAUGUGGUCUUGUGCGUUCCAAUACGGUACUUAGUCGAGAGACUUAUGAACGAAAUGGUGGUGUUAUCGGUAAUAGAAGCGCUAGUGCCAACCCGGAAAUCAAACAGGUUGAUAUUGGAAAACGCCCUACUACGGCGCCUGCACAGUGCACCAUAACUCGGAAUUCGUCGGAGGAAAGUGAAGGAGUCGAUGAGGAAAAGCUUUACUUAGACCGCUCAACUUCAGAGAAAGGAAACAGGUUUAAGGACAUCAAUACUUGUUCGAGUAAAACAUCGUCACCAGGGAGCUCCAUAAUGCUCUCGUGGUGCAAUGCCGGAGAAUCUCUUGCCGUAAAGGAUUGUAGCAGCCUCAGUAUUAGCAGCGAAGAUAGUAAUAAACUGCAGGGAUUUAAUCAUCAAGAUAAAGACACAGACACGGAGAAGAACGAUUUGCAAAAAUUCAAACACAUGUCGGUCGACUUGAAUGACGAUGACUUAAGUGGCAUCGUGACCGAAAUGCAAGUUAGUACAUUAUCUUCCUUAACGGAUAACUUAGCAAAUGAAAACAACAAUUCCGCACUCAAAACAAUAGAAACCAACAUUACGACCAUUGCAUCUACGGAAAAUGCAAAUAUUGAUAAGCCGGACCGGCCGAAAUCGUUUUAUAAUACCCUUAAUGAGACGAAAUUUGCAGAGAUGGCUUUAGCCGGCAGCACUUAUCUUUUGGACGACGAGACCUCUCCCACGGAUAGUCUGGUGAGCAGCACGGAAUCAGAAGAAGCCGCAAGCAAGCAGAAAAAACACAAAAUAAACGAAGAACUGCAAGAGAAGGACAUCGAUGAGAUUUCACCUGAACUCGAAAUGGGUAGUCCCAUUUCACCGGGAACGCCAACACAUGCUUCACAUUCGCUAUCACUUUCCGAUUGCGGUAAUUUAAUUGAUGACGAGAUCGCUGACCAACCGGCGUUACUGUUUAACAGCGAAGCACAUGAUCUGGUGGAUAGUUUGACGUCGCAUAAAGAUAAGACAGAGACCCCCACACUUAUGGAAAAUACAGGUUCGAUGCGUUCCCUGAAGAGCCAAUCGAAAGCGCGCACUGCACUCCAGCAAGCAAUCGAGUUGAGUCUUCGCACACCGCUCUCGCUGCGAAAGGCGGUAAUGGAACGCGCCGAAUCUCUCGAUACUCUCUCUCCCUGUGAGUCGAUAUGUUCAGAUGAUCUAAUGAUGGAUUUCGAUAUACAUAGCAGUGUGGAUUCCAUCGAUCGAUCUGGCUCCAUAAAGAGUCGAAGUGGUUCGGAUCUACAUAAAAUUGACGACACAGAAUUAUUUUCGGAGCUGGAACGUAAAGGGAGCGAUGUAAUGAAAGAACUGAAUUCCCUCCUACGUCUUCGUACCAAUAAAAGCGCAGAUAAGGAUGUUGACAUUGCUCAUUUGCCCGCUCGCGCCACUCGUCUUCUAAAUCGUUCGCGCCUGCAGCAACAACAGUACCCCUCCUCGAUUGCCAGCGGUGUGACCACGAAUGCGGCGACUGGUAGUUCGGUCUGCGGUGGCGGCGGCGACUCGGACAGCUCCAAAUCAGCCCACAGUCUACGACGCAGCGCAGCCGCUUCGCGCGCCUCAAACGCUUCCACAUCAUCAACGAAUGCGUCGCUGCCGCCGAGCACCCAUUACCAUCAUCAGAAACCAUUUCAGCAUCACUACUCACAACUGCAUCGCGACUCGCACAGUUCUUCGGACGAUCUAAUGCUGUAUGACAAAUCUUUCCGAAAUGCGAUGAUUCAGGAUGUGUUGCAGUUCAAAAAACAGUUGCUGCGGCUUCGACGCAUUCUACAGGACACGGAGACUCUCAACCCAUUCGAUAACGACAAUGGGCAACUCUUCGCCGCCUGCGGCUUGGACAGCAAACUACUGGAUGACAUGGACCUGGCCAGCCUGACCUCCUCGACCACAGAUGACCCGAUGUUGGAGUUAGCCGAUCUACGAAGACAGGUGGUUUACCUUCAGGGAGAAGUUGAAGAUCGCGAACGAACCAUACGUUUGCAGAAAAAUCAAAUUGAGAAUCUGGAAUCAAAAAAGCCACCAAUACAAAAGGACCACACAAAAGAGUUGAUGAAUAUAGCAACACAAACAGAAAGGACACGACCACUUUCAUAUGGCCUAGAUGGACUGUCAAGAAGUAAGCCCGAGUACACCAGUUACACCACACGUUAUCACCCGGUCGCCACCUGUGAAAACAAUAGCAAUUGCAAUGGCGCCAACAACAGCAAUAACAGCAACAACAAUUUAUGCACAUACCAACAACAGCACAACUGCUGCAAUGGCAGCAACAACAACCUGCCAGCGACCGCCACAGAAGCAGCAGCACAGCAAAUACGCCGUCACACCAUCAUAUCCACCACUCUGAGCAAUUACAAUCAACAGUCGGCACUGGCCCCGCGACGUGCCUCGAUCGCGUGGGAAAAACCCACAGCGCCUGCACCACCCACAACACCCCCGCUCGCACAGACAGCGACUGCGGCCGGCACAAAACACGCGCCACCAGCCGCCACCACCUACAAACCCGUGAAAAUCACACUGAUCGGAGAGCCGCUCAAGCAGUGGCAAUGGAAUGCCGUUGGCAAUGGGAAGACUUCUGACAGCCACGGCCACACAGCGGCCGACAACCAUAGCGACAAAGAGGGCAAGGCAAAGCGCGAAGCGAGCGAUGGCAAUAAUAAAAGUGGAAGUAAUAGCAGCCGGUGUGGUGGUAAUGGUGGCAGUGGUGGCGUGUGUAAUGGCAAGAGUAAUGGUGCGAAUUGUGCGAAUGGCAGUAACGGUUACACAAACGGCACGAGCAGCCAGACGAAUGGACGGAACGAGGUCUCGGGCAAUGGGCUACAGAAGGAAACAAGCCAACAGACGAACCAUCACCAUCAGAUGCAGAUUAAGCCGUAUAUGCAACAGGCGCUGACACAGCCGGGACAACAGCAGCAAACACGUGUACAACAGCAACAACAACAACAGCAAGUCUAUCACACAACAAACGGCAGCAAUGGCAAUUUCAAUCCAACAGUUACUAUAGUCUGAGCGCAAAGUAGUUAGUUCGUAAUGUCUGAUAUUGAUAUACAUACAAACAUACUUAUAUAUACUAAAAUUGAUAUUAAGAUACAAAUUUUGGAAAGUGAGUGAAUUAUGUAGAGGCGAUCUUUUAGCGUACAGUUAUUAGUAAAAUCUACUUAUGUGUGCAUGUUUGGACGGUCAAGUUAUCUUUAGCUUCGGGAAAAUUUAAAAUGUAGUGCGCGAGGAAAUUAUGUUACAUAACUAUAUUGUGCAAUAAAUGUGCAAAAUAUGUAUGUAUGUAGUAGUUAAAUGUGUAGUAGAUUCUCUGAAGCAAGAACUAAUGCCAAUAAGGGUUUUCUUCACAUAUUAUUCUAAAUACUUCUAAAGAGGCAUCGUAAUGAACGGAAUGGACGCAGUUUUCCAAUUCUUCACCCCAGAUAAAGUGUGUGCACAGCAAGAGGGUUUAAUGAGGCUAUUAUAUACUAUUUCUCGUUUGCUUUAGUUCGUACUGGGCGGCAAAGCAAAAAGUGCUGACACACAUUCCUCGGUCACUUCAGAAAUUGACGGUAGCCAAUAUAUCGGUUAUUUAUUAUAAUCUCUUAUAAUAAUAUUAUUACUAUUCUUACCAUAUUAUUGUUAUUAUUACGUAUUAUUAGUACUAUUAUCAUUAUAAUCAUUAUUAUUAUUGUCAUUAUUAUUAUUAUUAUUAUUAUUACUAUUAUUAUUAUUAUUAUUAUUAUCAUUAUUAUUAUUAUUAGUGUUAUUAAAAUUUUUGCUACAAUUAUUAUUAUUAUAUUGGUAUUAUUAAGGAAUUAUAAACGAAUACACUUGCAAUUUUUGUUAAAAGUUCAUUAGAAACAUUACAACGUCCACGACUUUAGGUUCUCAAUAAAUGCAUAAGGGGUUAUUUACAGUUAGAAGAUCGAAAAAAGCGAAUUUACCAGAAUUUUUCAGAGAAAACUUAUUGAUUGAUCAAAAACUUUGUACACAUAUUAUGGUAUCCUUUAACUGUAUUUUGGGACUUAGUAUUAGUAAAAAUAUUAAUUUGGUAAGGAACUACAGCUAAACUACGGGAGCUUCUCUCAAAACAGACGACGUUGAACUGGAUCCUCUGAAAUUAAAAAACCAAACAGAUUUCGUUAAAGUAAUGUUAAAGCUAGUAAUUAAUCGAAGAAAUAAGCAAAAUACAAAUUUUUUUGACAAAAUGGUUGUUUCUCAAAAAAAAAAAACAAGUUUUUAACCAAAAUUUCGGACUUAAGUUGUUUAUAAUAAAAAAAAAACACAUAAAUUACUAAAAAAAAAAUGAAGAAGCUCGUGUUGUUGUUGUAAAAUUUUAGACUAAACGGUUUUGCUGUUUUCAAGUAAUGUUGGUCACCAUUUUGAGAAAAACGCGUUUCAAAUUUGGCCUUAUACCUCCAAGCACUCUGAAACGCCUUUUCAAGCUUUCGUGUAACUUCGAAAAUAUUCACCGGAACGAAAUGAAAUUUACUGUGUGCAUUCUUAAAUAUAAUAAAGAAAAAAAUCGAGUUUUGAAAAUUCUAACUGUAUAUAACCCCUUAAGGAAAUGUGUGAUCAGCUCCAAAAGAAAUUCCUGAAACAAAAACAGGCGAAACACUGAAAGACAUUCUCGUUCUUGCACGCCAUUUCAGACAUUUGUAGCGCUCCAAAACAGCUGCAUUGCUAAAGCUCCGCUAAGAUAGCAUUUCGCUUGAUUUCACUAUAUAAAAUGACUCUUAAAAAGUUCGUCAGAAUUAAUAUUUUUGUAAUAAUCAAAAUAUAUUAUACUUACAACGCACACUGAUCCAUUUAUACUAAUGACCACACAUAUGUACAUACAUAUAUACACACUUUUAAAUUUACAUAAUUUAAUUAAGAAACACCUUCCGUAAACUUGCUAUACUGACUAAUAUAAUUAUUAUUAUAUACAUACAUACACAUAUACAUGUAUUGAGUAAUUAAUCAGGCAAAGCAUGCGAUUCCGAUGUUAUUGCAUAUACAUAUAUUGAGAGAAAGUGUAAGCCAAGAGCAGAACUAAACUGAAAAGUAUUAAUUUAGUGCUUAUUUAAGCUUGACACACACACAUACAUGCAAGUACAUAAAUGCAAACAAAGAAGAACUUGAAUAUAUACUUAUACAAACAGAUUGUGGAAAACUUUAGCACAUGCAUACUCACAUACGCAUGUGUGGGCUAACAUACAUAUAUAUAAAUAUUGACAGCUGCAUUAAAGUAUGAACUUGAUGAAAUGCAGCCACUAAUUACACAUGCAUAUAUACACACACACAUAUAUAUAUAUAUGCAAUUUCUUUGAGCGAACAAUAAAUGACAAACAUACAAACAUAUGUACUCACACUAGGCAUUUAGCAUUUAGCGUUAAAUAAUUAUCAUAAUCGUCCGGUAAGCGUGUGGCAGGCAUAGCUUAUCUCUAAAUUACUUAUAAACAUGUGUAUGUAUCUAUGACCGUACGAUCAUGAAGCAUAUAGACGCCACACAUCCCCCGCAUAAUUUAGUAUUAAUAGCUCAAUCUGAUUUAGCUUAAUUUUGUUAUCAAUAAGUCCAUAUUUGUGAAUCAAGUUGAAAAUACAUAAUUAAUUAACCCAAAUUAUACCAAAAUUGCAUAAAUUAUUGAUCAUUUAAGUUUCGACCCGAAAAAACUGAAAAAGGGUUAUCUUAAACCCUAAUUUUACAUGUUGCAAUCACGCUUCAUUGAUUGAUUGUUAUUAAGAAGCGAAGAUAAGUUUCGAAUCUUCGCCGAAAUAAACGUGAAUUACAUGAGACUCAAAUAAAAUAUUAAAUGCAUAUACAGACAUUUAGAA